AUGAGUGCAAGUGGAUAUGCACCUCCAGUCCGUACUAGUGGUUAUUCUGCUGGAAGUGCUUCUGGAAGCGUUGGACGACAGAGUGUUGGUGAUGUAGGAGGGGGAGGUCGGAAGGCGCAUACAAAGCAUAGCAUUUUUUACAACAAAAAUGUGCAACCGCAACAACAUUCUACUACUUAG